ACUCGCUAACGAUUCAGUACGCUCGAAUCGAGACGCCUCGUGUCCUCACGCGUGCCCUAAUAACGCCUUCUCCCUCGGCCCCGGCAGUGAUACUUCGCCGCUGCGAUCCUUCCGCCGGCGAUCGAUCUCCGUCCAUCUUCGACUGCACAUCCGUAUAAGCAGAGUAGAUAUUGAAAUAUGUCUGGAUUGGUUGAAGCCCAGAAUAGGCAAGGCAGACCUGCGCUUCCUACUCAACCCAGAGGUCCUCCCUCAUUAGCUCGCUUUCGGGAGCCUGUAGACCGUGAGAAGACAUGCCCUCUCUUGCUUCGAGUGUUCACCAAGAGUGGUGGUCACCAUCCGGCUGAAGAAUUUGCUGUGAGAGGAAAGGAGCCAAAAGAUGAGGUUCAGAUUUAUACAUGGAAGGAUGCAAAUCUCCGAGAACUCACUGACCUUGUCAAAGAGGUUUCACAAGAAGCAAGGAAAAGAGACGCCAAGCUCUCGUUUGCUUUCGUGUAUCCUGACAAAAAUGGCAGAUUCGUGGUGCGGCCGGUGGGCAUGACAUACUCUCACGGGAGCGGUCAGCGAUUGGACGAUCCAAAGACUCUCGCUGAACUUGGCUUUCAGAUUGGAGACUACCUGAGUGUUGCAAUCCUUUAGAGGAUAUUGUGUUCCCUGAGUGCAAAGUUGUACUGAUGAUCCUCUUGUGAUUGCUUCUCGUGCCAAGCCAGGUAUCGAACUAAGCUCUUGGAAAAAUUAGCUUUGUUAGCAGAUGGACUUCUCAUGUUCUUCUAGACCUUUUAAUGAAAUGUUCUUCUGUAUCUUUCGUCGUAAAGACAUCUUGUUUACACUUAA